UCUCCUCUUUCUGUACGGCUGGAUUCACAACUACAUGUGAGGAUUUGUAUCCGGCGAUUCAACACGCUACGCAACAAUUCGUAUCAAUUGAACAUUGUGGUUCAAGACAGGGCCUAAGACCCAACCAUAGCAUCAUCAUGUCCAAAGCAUAUCUAGCAGCCAAGGAGAAGUAUCAGGCCGUAUUAGACGACGCGGGCCGUCGUGAUUACUACUGCCGGACGAACCGUUUCGGCGCCGGGCGUCACCCAUCAUCGGGUGAGUGCAAUAUGUCGAACAAGAUUGACCACCCAGAGCGACGUCGCAGCAGUGCCAGCUCUGCUGGACCAGUCAGGGGCCCAACAAUGAGAGAUAGGAUCAGGGAGUGGAUGAACAGACCAGCCUACUAGAUGCAUCAGAACAUCUAGCGUGGGCAAAAGGAGGUGAGCAACAGUGAUAUGGUGAAGCAAAUUGACACAACGGGUUUCCAUUUAUGAAAAUGGAUAAGAACAUAUUCUCGAUGUAUUCCAAUGGCAUGUGGGAAUAGGGUCAGAGCGAGCUGACAGGCCCGCCAACCUUGAGCUCAUAUACAGGAGACUUGACGAAUUUUAUAGUUAAUAUAUCAAAUUCAAAUCUUUUGCUGGGUAGUGCCUGGUAUCUGUAAGAUUAUCUAAAAAGCAAACAUU